AUGGGGAGAGGGAAGAUAGAGAUAAAGAGGAUAGAGAACUUAAGCAACAGGCAGGUGACCUACUCCAAGCGAAGGAAUGGGAUCAUGAAGAAGGCUAGGGAGAUCACUGUUCUGUGUGAUGCUCAGGUUUCACUUGUCAUCUUCGGCAGCUCCGGCAAGAUGCAUGAGUACUGCAGCCCUUCUACCACUUUAAUUGAUAUAUUGGAUAGAUAUCACAAGCAGUGUGGGAAGAGGCUGUGGGAUGCUAAGCAUGAGAGUCUCAACAAUGAGCUAGACAGAAUCAAGAAGGAAAAUGACAGCAUGCAGAUAGAGCUCAGGCAUCUGAAGGGAGAGGAUAUCACAUCUUUGAACCACAAAGACCUGGAUGCUAUAGAGAAAGCCCUCGAAAAUGGCCUCACCUAUGUUCGGGCCAAACAGGGGGAAUUGUACAAGAUUACCAAGAAAAAUGGAAAAAUGCUGGAGGAUGAGAAUAAGGAACUCACCUACAUCUUGCAUGAGAGGAAGAUGGCGAUGGAUGGGAAUACGCGACUUAUGAGAAAUCUGCAAAUGGACGGUGCUCCUGGAUAUCAUCAAGCAGCGAGGGACUACCAUUCCCAUCAGAUGCCUUUCCCUCGUGUGCAGCCAUUCCAGCCAAAUCUACAAGAAAGAAUGUAG